AAAUCUCUUAAGUAACGUGAGGUUACAUUUAGAGUAUCUGUACAUCAUGUCCCUAAAUCCAUGUAUCUCUGUAGGGUUUUAUUGAAAAGUCUCUAUUAUUUGGCGUAAGUGUAGUGACUUGUAGGGUAAAUUGCGCGACUUAAAAUAAAUGCGUUAUUCCCUUUUAUUUUCUAAGGAAAAUUCAUAUGAAUAAUAUGCAUGGUGUGUUACGAGAAAUGUUAGAAGUAUCGCUUUAUUUUACUUGUUAUUUAUUUGCACAUUGGUAAAUGGCAUAGCGAUCGUAUGUUGUUUUUUUUAUUUUUACAAUGACAUUUCUGUUACCGACACGAUAUGAACCGAGCUUGUACGUUACGCGAAUGACUUGGUGACAUGUGGCGAUGACUCACGUUAAUUUGUGUUUCCAUUGGCGACUAAAAAUAAAAUAAAACGAUCGCGGAUGACUCAUAAGACAACUCUAUGCUUUCGCCUGGACAGUAUUGAUUAUUAUUUAUUCACCAGUUUUGCCGAUUGCUCUCCCAUUGAUCCCAGUAGCCGUCGGCGAGGAAAGCAGCGUGAAACGGGGAUCGUUUCGCUCGGAGGAGUCUAACGCCACCCUGGUCGCAUCUUUGAUCACAGCCUGAUUAAGCAGACGAUCGUCGCACAAGGAUGGCAGCGGCCGACUAUCGUAUGGGUCAGAGAGACGGCUCCGAUCAGAACUUCGACUACAUGUUCAAGCUUCUGAUCAUCGGCAACAGCAGCGUGGGCAAGACCAGCUUCCUGUUCCGGUACGCCGACGACUCCUUCAGCAACUCCUUUGUGAGCACGGUGGGCAUCGAUUUCAAGGUGAAGACCGUCUACCGGAAUGACAAGCGGAUCAAACUUCAAAUCUGGGACACGGCAGGACAGGAGAGAUACAGGACAAUCACCACUGCCUACUACAGGGGAGCCAUGGGCUUCAUCCUCAUGUAUGACAUCUGCAACGAAGAGUCUUUCAACGCCGUGCAGGACUGGGCGACCCAGAUUAAGACGUACUCCUGGGACAACGCCCAGGUGAUACUGGUGGGGAAUAAGUGCGACAUGGAUGACGAGAGGGUAGUGGCUCCAGAAAAAGGCAAACAGCUGGCCGACCAGCUGGGGUUUGAGUACUACGAGGCGAGUGCCAAGGAGAACAUCAAUGUGCGGCAGGUCUUCGAGCGCCUCGUGGACAUCAUUUGCAUCAAGAUGUCAGAAAGAGUGGACACAGACCCGGCCAUGGUGACUGGGGCGAAAACCACAAAGCUGACGGACAAGCCGACCCAGCUACCUCAGAACUGUGCCUGCUGAAGCGCCCCCCCCCAGCUCUCUCUCCCCAGCGCUUCACCUUGCCCCCAUGACAUCAUUCUUCUCUUCCCAUCUUCCAUCAGCCCGUCUACUGCUGGUCUUACUCAUGCAUUACCGGUGAUUUCCACUGCUCACUGCUAAGGUCUGUCUCUGGGUGAUCCAGUGUGACUGCUGACUUUCAAUCCUUGGCUGCCAAACCUGGGCACCUUCAGAAGGGGCAGUGGCCCAGUCUAGAGUUGCAAUUCUGUUGGCACCGCAAUGUUGGUAGUACCCUAAGGAAGGCAGCACAACUUCAAUAGCGAUCAGAGAUUUAACGGCGUGGAAACAGAGAAGCCUUCACUUACUGGCAUGGUGAGAUUAGCCUCUUUUGAUUUAAAAUGACCUCCCUCUCAUGACUGAAAGGCAGGUAAGGUGUCCAGCUCUCUCCCUCAGAACUAAUUUGCUUAUCCUGAAUCAACUGGUUCACUCUGCGGAUUUAAAUGCUAACAAGAGCCAGUGAGAUCCAGGAUAACUGAGGACAGACUAAAACAAGGAAACGCACAAUGAUGAUCACGAGCCGGAGGGAGCCAGGAAUUCCAGAGUCACACCGCUUUAUUUAUCUGUGGGAAACACGCUGUGUGAAAUUGCACGGCAGGAGUUCUUAGCGCUGUAGGCCGCCAUGCUUUUAGCAGUGUGCAGCAAGGAAAUCACCGGGAAAAAUACUCACCAAGGUGGCCAGUAAAUACACCAUGACUGAGGCCGUCCGUUUCAAGUUGACCCCGCUGUUCGAGGUGCAUUUGAUGGGCUGAUCAUGCGUGCUGAGUUCUGAUGACAAACCGCUGCUUUUGAAAUGUCCAGCACCCUGUGACAAAAGCUCGUUUGGAUGUUCACACACUUUGCACACAGUACACAAAGGUUACAUUUGGUCAGUGACUAUAUCGUCUUGUAUGAGUACUGUUUACAAUCGUAAACCAUAUAGUAGUAUGAAAAUGUGCUUCGUAGGAGAACAUUGUAUUUGGUGGCUGUAUAAACUACGUGCAAUCGUGUGGUAAUGGAGUUGAGUUUUGCAAUAUAUAUUCACACUUUUGUGUUUUUGGUCACAUUUAAAUUGGGACCACUGAAAUACAUACUACGUUUAGGGAUGUGUUUUUAUUAUUCAGAAAAAAGUGUGAUAGACGUGAUACGUAUAUUCAUUAUAGAGAGAUGCACAACACCCAAGUAACAGCUAAAUGUCUCGGGAUAUUGACAGAACUGGUGACUGGGAAAAGUGACCUGGCUAUAUUUAAAAAUAUUUCUAUUCCAGUGAGUCACUUGUUUUAAAGAAUAACCUUCCCCACAGGCACAAUAUUAAAGAAUCAAUGUUAACUAUACCGUAACAAUGACAAUGUCUUGAUGUAAUUAUUUUUUUAAUGAAAUGGUGUUAAUGUUAGAAAUUAUGAUGGAGUUAAAUGUGUAUUUAUUUUUAAAGCUUUAGGUUUAAUGAAUUAUAACAAUGUAUAGUAAAUGUUGGCGUUUAUUACUAUAUUAUGGUCAUAUUCCAUAAUAGCAAAAUAAAAAAAUUGCACAAAGCACAAAUUAAUUGUAUAAUUGUUGUGUAACUGGCCAUUUUGAAUGUGUA